AUGGGUUGCAAUCGGCUGGUGUUCAGCUCGAGCCGUAUCCGUAACGGCAGCAUCGAACCAUCCCAUUCGAAGCACUCCGGCCUAUUCCCGUCGAGUCUCUGCCAGCUGUACGAGUUCGUCGGCGAUGGAGCGGAACGAAUUCAGAUCAUCUUUUCGGAGUUCCGACUGCCGUCGAAGCUCGGCCCGACCGAAUGCGGUGACACGGAUAUCCUAAUGGUUUACUACAUCGUUGACGGCCGGGAGGAGCUCGUGGAGACGCUUUGCGGUGUCACGCUGCCAAAGCCAAUCCUCUCCAACGGCCCACGGAUGUUGCUGGAGUUUCGCAGCAGCUUCAACAACACGGAAAACAAGGGCUUCAACGGGGACUUCUUCUUUCUCACAAACUUUGGCAUUCCUACGGGACAUCAGCCGACGCAGUCCGAGUGCAGCUUCCACUACUUCAAAAACGCCAGCAGCCAGGGAUGGAUACAGUCGCCGAACUUUCCCGGAGCAUAUCCAAGAAACAUCAUCUGUAACUAUUUCUUCCACGGCGCUGCGCAUGACUACGUUUCCAUCCGUUUCACGUACUUCGACAUAGAAGGCAUACAGCCCUGCGACGAGUACACUGCCAGCGAUUACGUGGAGUUUUCUAAUUUUAACACACGCGAUCGCAAGUACGGCAUGUACUGCGGCGUAUGGCGCGAUCUCAACGUCCGCUCGGAUGGACGGUACUUUCGCAUCACUAUGGUGUCGAACGAUCGUCUGGAUGCUACCGGCUUUCGAGCGCAGUACACAUUCGAGACGACACCGGUGACGACAGAGCGGGUGGAAGUGACGAUCGGCAAGGUCACGACCAGUGUCGCCAGCAGGAUACACGAUCCACCGACGAUGCUGUUAGGAGCGUUGGUGCUUUCCCCGGCGGUAGCACUGAUUACGGGCCCUUCCACAGCCGGCAUUUGCAUCAUUAGGAUCAUUGGUUUAGAGCUAAUAAAAUUCCUCCAAGACUGACGGCCCCACCGGGGGAAAACCUUGCAAACGGGCGCCCGUGAACCCAAAUUGCUUCCGUUAUCAGUUUCCGUAGGAAGCGCACCGUAGGAUCCGCAGGAAUACGCAAAUAAUAUGAACGGCAUAAAAAGUGCCUAGCGAGAAUCUCACGACAGACGGGAGUGCGGGAGCCCUCGAAAGAUGGAUCUGUUAUCCGAUAACAAACGAUGUAUCGAACGAUAGGGAUGGAAUGAGGGAAUGGGAUAAUUUUAAGUAAAAUGGAAAACAUCUUGCAUUUUAUUUUCUUUGUAAAAGUUCUAGCCAAUGGGAGACUUUAUAAAUGUGGAAAAGCCAAAUAUUUUAUAAAAAUAAUGAAAAGUCCGAAAAUCAGUA